AUGGCCAGCUCGCGCUCUAGGAGCCGCUCGAGCUCAAGAGAGCAUAAGAAGCACAGGAAACGCUCUCGCGAAUAUAAGAGGAAACGUGAUAGAUCGCGUGUCCGCUCGCGCGAGGUUAAGCGUUCUCGAUCCUUCUCCGAGGAUCGUUUAGGCCAGGGAUCGCCGAGAUACUCGCAGACGCUUGGAGAUGCAGCACUCCUGACGAACAUUCUAGAGGCAGUUCAGGACCAAGGACGAAAGAUUGCCCUAUUGGAAAGCGAGGUUAGGGGACGGCAGUCGCGUUCCCCCGCUUUUCAGCCACAAGAAGAGCCGACGGCUCAUGAGAGCCGGGGCACCGAACCUGAUAUAGAGUCAGAACCAAAGGACUCAGUCACUUUUGUAAAUACAGACGCUGAACAGGAUGGAGAGCCAUCACUGGUCAGCCAGUUGUUCCGCACUCAGCAGGAUUCGCUGGAGGUUUUGGCAUGGGAUCAGGUAAUGCUCGACUUUACCAGAGCUACCGUAAGGGCCGGGCUCCCAGACGAUUUGCGUACACAGUUGCUGACUAAAUUCGGGGUCAGGGAAGGUUUCGCAUCCUUCGGACCACCGAAACUCAACAAACUACUGCUGCCGGUGCUGAAAGCCUCAUCAACGGUUGCUAAAAAGGAUGAGUACCAGGCACUGGCCCAAACGCAGGUCGCAGCCGCUCUCAAUGCCCUGGGCACAGGCCUUUCCCACCUCACAAAACCUGAGGUGACCUCUCUCCUGCCAAUGGAUGGUAAGUCAGCGCUCAGCCAGAUCGCUGAAGGCAUACAACUCCUAACCGAUCACCAAUAUAGGCUGUCACUAGCCAGACGGGCCUUCAUAAAACCGGCCUUGAAUUUGUUGGGGAAAUCUCCCGCCGACCUAGCCCCAAUAGACGAGUGGCUGUUCGGGACUUCGUUCGUUGAAGAAGUCAAAGACGCCCAGGCCUGUCACCCCUCUCCCAGGAGCGAAGAUCCAAUCAGCCCGGAGACAGGCCCCAGCGGGAAACGCGAGAGCCCCUGCCCGCCAGUCGAAUCAACCGUAUCGCCGGGCAGGGGCUCACCUACCGAGGAGCCGGUCUCAAAGACCAGCGUCCCGCUCUCGCACACAUCGCCGCUGAAUCCGGUAAGAACCGCAGGCCGACUGGCUUAUUUCUUGCACAAUUGGAAGGUUAUAACAUCGGACCAGGAAGUUUUGCGGGCAAUUCAGGGAUAUAAAAUCCCUUUUUUCGUAUCACCACCCGCGCGCUCGGAGCUGGAGGAACCAACCUUUUCAGCCUCGUCCUCGACUCACUGCAACUUAGAAAUUGACAGACUAUUACGAAAAGGGGCCAUAUAUCCAGUUCAACCCUUAAGGGAUCAGUUUCUCUCCCCCUUUUUCCUAAUUGACAAACCAUCAGGAGGCAGGCGUUUCAUAUUAAAUCUAAAAGAGCUUAAUACCCACAUUCUCCCACCUCACUUUAAGUUGGAAGACUGGCGGACAGUUGUACGUCUCAUGCUCCCUAAUGUCGAGAUGGCAUCUCUAGAUUUAGAAGACGCUUAUUUAGCAGUGCCUAUCCACCCUUCGUACAGGAAAUAUCUUAGAUUCCGAUGGCAGGGGAUUAUCUAUGAAUUUGCGGCCCUACCAUUUGGCCUCGCUACAGCGCCGUAUAUAUUUACAAAAAUUUUACGCCCAGUGGUUGCUUAUCUUCGUGCAGAAGGUUACGAGUCGGUACUGUAUCUGGACGAUUUCCUCCUACUGGCCCACUCAAAAGAAGCCUGUCGACGUAAUGUGCAGGCGCAUAUUAAUACUCUUUCGAAGCUGGGCUUUGUUAUUAACUUUGGGAAGUCAGAACUGGAACCUGCUCGCCGUCGCAAAUACCUUGGCUUUGUGUUUGAUUCGGAAUCGCAAUCUGUCGCUAUUCCAGAAACCCGCCGAAUUAAACUGUAUUCGCUUGUUUCAGAUUUCUCGGCCAAAUCUCACUGCUCGAUCACGGAUUUCGCCAACAUGAUUGGCUCCCUUAUUUCAGUCUGUCCCGCGGUGAAAUAUGGCUUAUUCUACACAAAGAACUUUGAGAGGCAUAAAUUCCUGGCCCUCAAAGGAACUAAUAACGACUUCAAAGCUAGAAUGGUUAUCUCGCGGGAUCUCGAUGAGGAUUUCCGUUGGUGGCUGGAUGCUUUAGCCAAACAGGAUCGGGCGAAUCAUAUUCUAACAGGUCGCUUCGCUCGAGAAAUUUUUUCGGAUGCCUCCCUGACGGGCUGGGGCGCGUCAUCAUCCGAGGAUAGGACUCAUGGCUGGUGGUCUGAGGCGGAGAAGACCCUUCACAUUAAUACAUUAGAGCUUAAAGCAGCUUUCUACGGAUUAAAAUGCUUUGCAUCGGAUCUAAGUAGCUGUAAGAUUUUAUUAAGGGUGGAUAACACCACAGCAAUAUCAUAUAUUAAUCGUUUCGGAUCGGUCAAAUAUCCCCACUUAUCAAACCUUUCAAGGGAUAUCUGGCAAUGGUGUGAGGCUAAAAAUAUCUGA